AUGCAUUUGCAGACAUGUCAUGACUGCUUCACACUCUCAAAACUCGCCAAUUCUGCUCCCCAAUAUCGUCCAGAGUCCCGAUCUUCACUUCUAGAAUUUCCCGCACACUUCUCAUAUCAUUCAGUGCUGAAUGUCUCGGGAAGUUACGAACUCAAGGCACGAACACAAUCAACGCCUCCAGCAGCACGAAAAGCUUUGUACCCAGCACCCACAUGCCUCUUAUAUGCACGUCAUUUAUCUUGCAUACAUACUGCAUAUACGGCCCCCAACCUCGGCGAAAUAUCCUCGCAUGCCCUAGCAAUCGACACCAACAGGCUAAAUAUCUCGGUAUUUUCAGUGGUCAUCUCCGAUAUCUCCCGUUAA